GCAAUGAUCGGAAUGAUGGCCCAAGAACGAAAAGAAAAAUUCUUAACAACGGAACUGGUAAACAAAAUCAUUCAAUCGAAUGACGAUCUGAAAGACUUUCGGGUAGUGUCCGAUGGUGACUGUGCACUGACUACCCCGCAAGGUUUGGACGGAUUCAUGUCGGUCAUACACCGGCUAACAUUAAACCUUACCCAUUCCACCACCGGCGCUACCAGAUGCCUUACCGUGAUGGUGAAGGUGAUGAAAGGUGAUGAUGAUUUCCGCAAGAAAUCACUCGGACUCGUACUGUUCCCGAACGAGAUAAACGUUUAUUCCGCGGUGAUACCGGCAUUCGAGCAGCUGAUAAGCAAUGCCAGUGCCCAGCUCGAUCUUCGAACACUCUGUCCGCGGAUUUAUAUUGCUGAGGCUGGCGUGAAAUAUCCCAGCUACAGCGAGCAGGAAGAAACGUUCCUGGUGAUGGAAGACGUUUCGGCAAGAGGAUUCGUCCCGGGGCCACGGCUUAACCUCGACCAACCGCAUCUGGAGCUGAUGGCACGCAAGAUAGCACAGUUUCACGCAUGCUCCUAUGCGCUACGGAUCGGUGGCCACUCGGAGAUACUGCACAACUUGGUGACACGGAUCAUUCCACUUAACUUUCUGCAGGACGGUAAAAUCUUUUUCGAAAGUUAUGACAUCGUGUUUAAGGUCGUUUUCGAGCGACUGUUUGCCUACUUUGACAAGAAACCGGAGUUGCUCGAACCGGAACGUGUACGGGACCGCGUACAAACCUUACGGUGCCGCUAUGGGGUAACUCCCUCGGAAUUGAUGCAACGGUGUCUCGAGCGGGACGAUAUCUAUUCGGUGAUUCUACACGGCGACUACAAUCGCAACAACGUGCUGUUCCGCUACGCCGACGGUACACCGCAAGAUGUAAUGCUUAUUGAUUUUCAGGAAAAUCGAUAUGGCUCACCCGCACUCGAUCUGUCGUUCUUCAUGUACAUGAACAUGCCACCGGAAGCAUGGGCUAAUGGAGGCUGGGAGCAUUUGCUAACCGUAUACCACCAGGAAUUGAUACGAUGUCUGUGUGACAUUGUAAAAAUACAGCCAGAUGAUCUGAUCUUACAACCGUACAGCUUCGAUGCAAUGAAACAGCAUCUGCAAAAGUACUUUAUUUAUGGUGCAAUCAUAGCGAUCAAAUUUCUGCCCUGUAUGCUGGCCAACGAGCAGGAGGUGCAGGAGAUUGUGCACAAUUUCCAUACGGAUGUUACGGCGGAUGCGUUUCGUCAGAUUUAUUUAGUGGCAGGAGGCGAGACAGUGAACGAUAGAAUCUCCAAAGUGAUGCUACACGCUGCUCAGCAAGGUUAUUUGGACAUGCUGGUGUGA